AUGAUCGGCCCCCCGCCCGGGCGCAUGGCCCACCGUGAACCCACCACCCCCCCGCGGCGGGACGCACAACCCAAGGUCGCACCGGGGCCCCCAAGGGGGGGUGGCAGGCGGCUGCUCCUCGCAUGCAUCCCCCGCCGUCCCGACGGGCCGCGCCGCCCCACGCCGGGCCUGGGCUCCGCCCCCCCCUGCGCCCGUUCCCCCCGUUCCGGCGGUCCCGUGGCCACCCCACCCGCCCUUCCCCCCGUUCCCCCUGUCGCCACCUGUCCCGCUCUCCCCUCCGCCCCCCCUAUCGCCACUGGGCUAGCCUGGGGGGGGGGGGGGGGGGGGGUUGUCACACCCGCGGGCCGUGGCACCCCGACCCCGCCGCUACCCGGAUGCCCGCCGUCGGCCCCAGCCGGCCCACCCCCGGGGCGGGCAGCGGCCGGCGCCGCUCCCGGUGCAUGGCCCUCGACGCCGCGUUCCCGUUUCAACCCCGCACCCGCCGCGCCGCCCGCCCCCCGCCCCGAGGUGGCGUCCUCCCCCCGCCACCCCCGCGUGGCCUCGCCUCUUGCGCGCCGGCCGACCCCCCGCGCCCCCCCCCGGGCCCGACCUCGCCGCGCCCCCACUGAGUGCCCCAUCCCCGCCGCCACCGGCCCUCCCCGCCGGGCUCCGCCGGCUCCCGCGCCCCCCCGCCCCCGCCCCCCGACGCCACCGUCUCCCCGCGGGCCGCCCCCCCGCUCGCUCCCGGGGACCCCCCCCCCGCCCCGCGCGCCCCAGGGUCCCCCUCACCCCCCUUGCACUCCCCCUAGCAACGCGAAGCGCCCUCAUCCCCGCGCCGAACCCGGCCGCGACACGGCCCGCGACCGCGCUGCCCCACCACGGUUAAUCCCCGACGCAUGCUCCUGCCCCCCCCAGCAACCCGUCUGCCCGGCUCUCCGCAACGACAAGCCCGGGCACGCAGCGCCCCCCGCCCCCCCGUCCCCCCCGACGGCGACCCCGAGCCUCACCCGGCAGGGCUCCCUGCGCCGCCGGGGUACCCGCCGCACGCCCCCCCCCUGCUGUUGCCCCCCAGCACCUACGUCCCCACCGGCCCACCGCGUGCCACAUGCCACCGCCGUGGUGCCAGGGCCCCCCCCCUGUGGGCACAGAUCCGCACUUGUCGCUGGAACGCGGGACCCACCCGCCCCGCCGCCCGGCAGGCCCCCGGCCUGGCCCCCGGGCCCACUACUUGAAGACCCUCCAGCGUUGGGCACCCCCCCCGUCCGCCGCGCCCUCCUCAGUCUCGUUUAG